AUGGCGAAGCACACAGGUCUUUCUAUACUCUUCUUUGUGCUGCUACUCGGGCUUGGGAUAUGCUCAGCAGCCAGAAUUUUGUUGAAUUAUGAUGCUGGGAGUGUUGGGUAUGGCGCCGCCCACGGCAUUGGCGGUGGCUCCGGUGGUGGUGGAGGGGAAGGUGGCGGGUAUGGUGGAGGCGGCGGAGGGGGAAGUGGCGGUGGAGGUGGUUAUGGGGCUGGUGGGGAGCAUGGUGGUGGGUAUGGGAGUGGGGGUGGUGAGGGAGGAGGUGUGGGAGGGUAUGGGGGUGGUGGAUAUGGUGGUGGGGGUGGAGGUGGAAAAGGUGGUGGAGGAGGUUAUGCCGCCGGUGGAGAGCAUGGUGGUGGAUAUGGGAGUGGGGGUGGUGAAGGAGGAGGUGCGGGAGGGUAUGGGGGUGGGGCCGGAGGCGGGUACGGCGGUGGGGGAGGACAAGGCGGUGGCGCGGGUGGUGGUUACGCAGGAGGAGCCGGAGAAGUAUCCGGCGGUGGCGGAGGACACGGAGGCGGCGCGGGCGGAGGUUACACCGGAGGAACAUCCGGCGGUGGCGGAGGACAAGGAGGCGGUGCGGGUGGAGGUUACGCCGGAGGAGCAUCCGGCGGUGGCGGAGGACAAGGAGGCGGCGCUGGCGGAGGUUACGCCGGAGGAGCAUCCGGCGGUGGCGGAGGACAUGGAGGCGGUGCGGGUGGUGGUUACGCCGGAGGAGCCGGAGAAGCAUCCGGCGGUGGUAGUGGUGGAGGACACGGUGGCGGUGGGGGUUACGCCGGAGGAGCCGGCGGAGCAUCCGGUGGUGGAUAUGGUAGUGGAGGGGGCGAGGGUGGGGGAGCAGGAGGAGGAUACGCCGGUGGCGGCGGCGCCGGCAGUGGAGCUGGUGGAGGAAGUGCCUACCGCGGAGGAGGUGAGCACGCCGGUGGAUAUGGUGGUGGCGCCGGCGGUGGUCAUGGUGGUGGCUACGCUCCUUAAGAUCUAUUAUCCCAACAUCUCCAUCGUAUCAGCAUUACAAUUAUUACAAAUGGAAGCUUGGAAAGAUUCGUCCUCUUGCCUAUGGAAUAAUAAGAACAUUAAUAACGUACUUAAUUAAAUAUGUGAGGGCAAAUUAAAUUAUUAAUAGGGAAAUUAAAAGUACUCUUUCUAUAUGUUUUAAUUAAUGUUUGUUCUAAUCAAUAUACUUUAAUUUAUGAUUGUACUUGCAUGGCA